AUGAGCUACUAUGGCAGCUACUAUGGGGGCCUGGGCUGUGGCUAUGGCUCUGGUUAUGGCUGUGGAUGUGGCAGCUUCCGUGGCCUAGGCCUAGGUUGUGGUGGCUAUGGCUAUGGAGGCCUGGGCUAUGGUGGCUUUGGCUAUGGCUUCUGCCACCCAUCUUACUAUGGAAGGUAUUAUUCUUCUAGAUUCUACUGA